AUGGCCUUACCUCAUCUCGCAGGAGCCUUGCACACCUUUUCAAAUGUCACCAAGCAAGAUAAUUAUAAGGAAGAAGAGGCUGACUUGAUAAAGCUAUCCAAACUUCAGGAACAAGUGUUAUAUUUGGACCUGACAUGGAAGAAGAUAGUAAAAUUUUUGAAUGAAAACCCAGAGAAGAGUAAAAUGAAAAGUGUAAAAGAAGACUUAAAGGAUAUAUUACAUGCUGCCGAACAAAUAGAGAACUAUCAAAGCAACUGUCCUUUCCAGAAGAGGAGGCUGGAUAGAAAAGAGGAGGAUAAGAAGAUGAGCAGAGCUUCUGACAGAUUCAAAGGACUAAGAUGA